GACAAGGAGAUCUUUGCACAUUUCUGCACUGCUUGUCCGUGGUGGACUUUCUAGACAGGCAGGUGGACGAGCUUUUAUCUUCGACGGCAAGGCCCGAAGCUGACAUCGGGCCCAUUCCAGUGACACUGGUCAUUGUGCACGAAGUUUCCCCCGUGGUGCCUCACGGUGUAUGGUGCAUGCGGGGCCACUACCAAGGCAUGGCAUUCGUGAAGAAGGUUCCAUACAAGCGAGGGCUGAUCUUCGUGCCCCGGAAAUGUGCAGAAGAGGGACAGAACCGAAUCAUUUCUUCUUUGUUCCCGGAGGCAGGAGGUGUCGAACCCUUGCAUAGACUGGUCGGUGUUCUUGAGGUGGCCAACGCUGAUGAAGUUGCACCCAACUCACGCAUGCGGCUGGAACAGUGCCAGAAGCCAAGACGUGCCGAGGGGUGGUACAUGCGACUUGGCCGUUGCCAGCUGGUCCCAUGUGUAGAUAUUGCCCGUGUGUUCGACGUCUACCAGCGCGUGGCGCUUGACAUUCAGCAAGAAGAGUCUUUGUGGGUAGUUCGAUCCUUGUGCGCGAUGCUGGGUAUUCGGUAUGAGAAGUUCCGCUGGGAUGAUGCAUUCGCGGCGGAUUGGAGCUGGCCGGCUGGCGGAGUAGCUGUAUACUUGGCGAUUGUUUUGGUAUUAAGUCUUGGGAUGAAGAAUGCCAGGCCUUUCGAGCUAGGCAGCGUGGCCGUAGUCCACAACUUGCUUCUGUCGGUUGGCUCGCUCGUCAUGCUGCUUGGAACCCUUUUCGAGCUGAACAGACGCUGGGCCUCUUCGGGCGACCUUGGCUGGUUCUUUUGUGAAGCAAGUACUACAGAAUCCAAUGGCCCCUUGUUUUUCUGGUCCUACGUCUACUACCUAAGCAAGUACUACGAGAUGUUCGAUACAGUUCUGGUGCUCUUGCAGAAGAGCAGGGUGCCACACUUCAAGCUACAAGUGUAUCAUCACGCAGCUGUGGUGCCUAUGGCUUGGUUUUGGUGCCAAUAUCAACAGUCCCUACAAUGGGGAGGCUUACUGUUCAACACGCUGGUCCAUGUCAUCAUGUACCACUAUUACGCAAUGAAGAUCUUGAAGCGCCCAACUCCUUGGAAGCGAUGGAUCACCAAGCUGCAAAUCGUGCAGUUUGCGACGAGCUUCUGCCUGUUAUGUGUCACGGCAUCGAAGAUAUAUGCUGGCGCAGAAUGUGCUGGAAUGAGAUCGCUCUUGUUCAAUGCUUCUUUCAAUGCCACGUUGAUCGUACAGUUCAUCGGUGUGGACAAGCGGAACAAAGCUCAGUCCACAAAAGCAGAGUAG